GUCUCCUUCUCCGAUCGCCGAUCUUCAAUCGAAGCUCUCACGAAUUUCUUUUCAACAAGAACAGAUCAAAAUCGCAUUCAAUCAGCUCCAUUCUCACAUCCGAACCAGUUUGAUCGAAGCUGAAGAUGUAUUUGCGUCGCUGGCGAUUCCAUUGAUGAUGCUUGUUGGAUUGAAGACCGGGGAAAUGGCGGACGAAGGACGAUUCAGUUCCAUUAUUAUCAAUGAUAAGAACAACUAUUAUCCUUCGAAUUAUAAAGAACGGGAAAGGAAUGGAGAUAAAUCUGAAGAAGUAUGCAGUAGAUUGGUGGUGGCUAUGAGGGGAAUGGAUGAAAACCUGAGGAUUGGUAAAUUUGAGGGACUAAAUGUUGCCGCUAAAGCCACCAAAGCAUGCAAGGAGCUAAUCCAUAAACAAAAACUGCAGCUAAUGCAAUUAGUGCAGCUUCUGAAACAAAUUGAGGCCCAGGUUAAUUCUAGCCAAGAUGACAUCUUUCAGACCCUUGCUGAUCAACGGGCAUCUAUCCAAAAAUUAUUUCAGCAAGCUGUUGCAUAUGUUUAUGCCACUCACCAAUCAUGUCAAAGUAAUGGCACCUCUAUCAACAUGGUAAAGCUUCUGAAAAUCACUUAUGACCAUGUUGAUUCAGCCCUUGGUUCAGUGGAGAUUGGAGUGGAAAACCUGAUGACUAAGCUGGGUGAUAAAAUGUGCAAUCCAAUGGUUCAGUAUGUUAAUGAACUUAAAACUGAUGUUGUUACUGGAACCUGUCCGAAUCUGCUGGCAAUGGUGGAGGAGAUUGGAGGAGAAAUGAGGCUUCGAAGCCUACAGUUGGAGGAAGCAAGAAAAAAGGUGAGAGCAGUUGAAAAGAGUAGAAUCGAUGCUUUAAAUAAGUUGAGGGAAACUGAAGGAAGAAUGGAAAUGUUGAAGGAAGAACAGCGUUUUCUUUCAGAAAUAAAUGAUGGUUCAAGAGGACAUUCUGUUUCUGAGAAGUCCGUGAAGCUUCUAUAUGCGGAGGAAGAUCAAGCUAAGGAUGAAAAGCUACUGUGGGAGCUACUGAGGAAAAAAAGAAAACUGCAAGUACCUGACAGUCCAUUUGGAGCAAAGGAGCUUCUAGGCAUUGGAACCUGUGAGAGAUAUCUUAGAUCGAAAAGGGCAGUAUCUCCAAUCAGUUGCAGGCCAAAUAAAACUAGCCAAUUAGCAGGAGUUAGUCCACAAACUCCGAGGAUCGAAUUUCGGACACCAUUGGGUUCUUCUCCUUCAACCACAAUUCAUCAAGUUCUGUCACGCAAGCGCAUUACUCCCUGACCACAUGGUUGAACAGAUGCUGGGCUCCUUGCUUGUUGGUUGAUCUAGGAGCAAUUAACAUGGCUUUUCCUUUGGAAGCUAUCCUUUCUUUCUCACCUAGUGUAAAUAGAGUGAUUGCCAGAAGCAGUUAAGCGUACAUUUGUUUCACCUCAACAGCACUCUCUUAUGUUCUAUGUAAACUCUAAUGGUAGGAUGACUUGGAAUUGGAAUCUACGUCUUAUGGUUGAUAUUGAUUUGCUCGGAAGCAUGUAAUGAUCAGAUUCAUGGCAAGUAUGAUUCCCUCU